GGGGGCGGGGACGGGGGCCCGCCGGGCCCGGGCAGGGGGCCGCGCUAUCACACCCGCAGCCCACCGGCCCCGGUCACCGGGCCUCACCUGCCGUCCGCCCCAUCGCCGUCACCGUGCCCGGGACCCCCUCGGCACCGAGCCGCGGAUGAGGGAACUGAGGCCCAGAGAGGUGAAGUGACUUGCCCACAGACAGAUGAGGCCCCGAGGAACACCGUGGAGCCAGGAUCCAGGGAGCAGGGGUGCAGAUGAUACGCUGACCAUGAACGGGUGCUGUCCAGCCGUCAGCCUGCGCUGUGUCUCCAGGGACGGCACGAUGUCCGCGUCCAAGGGUCCCCGCUACCUCCUGAUCUUUGACUUCGACGAGACCAUCGUCAACGAGAACAGCGACGACUCCAUCGUGCGGGUGGCGCCGGGCCAGCGGCUCCCGGACGGCCUGCGGGCCACCUACCGCGAAGGCUACUACAACGAGUACAUGCAGCGGGUCUUCGCCUACCUGGCCGAGCAGGGCGUGGCGCCGUCGGACCUGUGCGGCGUCUACGAGGCCAUCCCCCUGUCCCCGGGCAUGCCCGACCUCUUCCAGUUCCUGGAGCGUCACCGCGAGGCCUUCGAGGUCAUCCUCAUCUCGGACGCCAACACGUUCGGCGUCGAGUGCUCCCUGAGGGCGGCCGGGCACCUCGACCUCUUCCGCCGGGUCUUCAGCAACCCGGCGGGCCCGGACGGGCGCGGGGGGCUGGCCCUGCGCCCCUUCCACCAGCACGGCUGCGCCCGCUGCCCGGCCAACAUGUGCAAGCACAAGGUGUUGCGCGAGUACCUGCAGGAGCGGGCCCAGGCGGGCGUGCAGUUCGAGAGGCUCUUCUACGUGGGCGACGGGGCCAACGACUUCUGCCCGUCGGAGCUGCUGGCGGGGCCGGACGUGGCCUUCCCCCGGCGCGGCUACCCCAUGCACCGGCUGAUCCAGGAGGCCGAGAAGCAGCAGCCGGGAGCCUUCCGCGCCGCCGUGGUGCCGUGGGAGUCGGCCGUCGAGGUGCGACGGCACCUUCAGGGAGUGCUGCACACGUGCUGAGCUCGGGACCCGGCCACGAGUGACCGAGCGAAGGAUCGAGGCUUAACGAGGUGGGGGGGCGGGUCAGGGAGGCCCUCCCUGGCCUGUACGACCCCGGCCGACCCCGGGGACCGGGCGACACGUCCAACCCCCAUGAAUUCCAGAGUCCGGCUGGUCCUCUCCGGCCUCUACGACCCCCAUGGCCCCCCGGGGAGCUGGGCGGCCCGUCCGACCCCCUCGACCCUCGGGGACAGGAUGAUCUUCCCCGGCCAGUCUGACCCCCGGGGACCGGACGAUCCUCACCAGCCCGUCCUACCCCCGUGACCCCCCGGGGUCGGGCCGCCCCUCCCCGGGCCACCCGACCCCCAGUGAACCGGGCUCGGCCACCUUUUCUAUGCAGUUUUAGCCCAGGGGUCGAUCCAGGGAGCGGGGACCCACCGGGGGGAGGAGGGCGGUGGGGGGUGCCGGCGGGGGCAUCACCAGCGCUUCCAACACCUCCCCCGCCCCCGUUGAGGUCGCCACUCUCCAGCCCCGCUAGCCAAAGCCUGGCCUGGAUGGGAUUCCCUGCUUUUUGCUCCUGUGUGAGGGAUCGGGGGAAGGGGCUCUGGGGAGAUGGUACCCCACCACCCCAAGAAGGGGACAGGUUGGGAUCGUGUCCCCCACCCCCUGACACCUCCCUCCACCCGCCUAGCCACCUAGCCCGUCCACGACCCUCGCCCCACCUCACCGAGGGGCUCGGGAAGAUUCCUACUCUCUCCCCACUCACCGCCGGUGGCGAUAUCAGGUAUUACCCGGCGCCCGCCUGGUCCCCCUCCCCCUCACCCAACCAGGGGAAUUGCAGCCGAGAAUCUCCCCUCUUCUGCUCCUCCAACACCCAAAUUCUGGGGGUGGGGGAGAGGGAGGUUCAACGAGGUCUUCCCUGCCCUCCCCAGCCUGCAGACGCCUGCAGCGAGAGACCAGCAACGUAACCAAAGCGGCCCCUGCUCCCCGACCCCCGACCUCGACCCCCGUCCCCCACCCCAUCUGACUGUGGAAGCAAAGCCAUGUCUCCUCGGCCCUGCAGUAAAGGAGUCGGUCUGAGGCCCCC